UCAGUCGAGCCGCGACCGUGGAAUAGUGAGUAUCGUAUACAUAUAGUUCUAUUGUUCGUUUUGCCGAGCUGUAUCGCUGUCGUCGUGGUGUUUGGUCGUUUUUCUUCAUUCGUUUGUACCGGUGAAGCAACGUCGAGGGUAUGAUGGCCAGCAACAGGGCUGCCAAGUCGGGUUUCGCGGCUGAGGCGCAGAGAAAGAUCAACAGUAAAUACAGCGAGGAGUUGGCGCAGGAAUGUUUGGAAUGGAUCAAGACGAUCACGGGCGAAAAUAUAAAUACUAACGGGGACAUGGACAACUUCUAUGAGAUUUUGAAGGACGGGACCCUUCUUUGCCAACUAGUGAACGAUAUCAAGGAAGGUUCGGUGAAGAAGAUUAACAAAACCAGCCUCGCUUUCAAGUGUAUGGAAAAUAUUAACGCCUUCCUCGAAGCCGCAAGAGCGCUGGGCGUUCCGGCUCAGGAGACGUUCCAGACAGUCGAUCUCUGGGAAAGACAAAAUCUCAAUUCCGUAGUGAUUUGCUUACAGUCUCUAGGUAGAAAGGCGGGCAACUACGGUAAACCAAGUAUCGGACCAAAAGAAGCGGACAAAAAUGUACGCAACUUCACCGAGGAACAACUGAGGGCUGGACAAGGUGUUAUCAGUUUACAAUAUGGCAGCAACAAGGGUGCUAAUCAAAGUGGCAUUAACUUUGGGAAUACUAGACAUAUGUAAACGCAUUCAUCGUAACGUCACCCGAAGAAAUUCCAACUUCACUCGAUCCUUUUAUUUUAUUUCCAUGAUGUACUAGACUUAUAGACAAUGUUCGUCGUACAACAAUCUUUCUUGUCGUGGUCCAAAUUAAUCUAAAUGGCGCACAAAACACAUCCGCGCGCGUGGACGAUGAACCGGAUGACUUUGUAUGCAUUUACACUAGGAGAUAGUAAAAUACGUGCAUACCGAUGGGUAUGUUGUAACAUUCUUUUUCGUACUGUUUCGGCAAAAUGAGCAAUCUCAACAAAACACACCUUUGCUCAAACUGAAAAUUUCAAGCGUACUUCUAGUAUCGUAAUACGUAGAUCGUUAAUGAAUUGUGAACAAUUGAAAGUGCUAUAAAAAAAAAGAAGUAUUUGUUCUUUGAAGGGAAACCAAUUUAUUUCCAAAUGUAAGAACAAUGUUACAUUAUGCUGCUAAUAAAGAUUGGACUCCAUGUUUGUUAAAUAUUACAUAUAGAUUAUAAAACAGAGAUACUAAUGCAAUUAGAUACUCUGUUACUGUUACUGUAAAACCUCGUACGAGUUACAGUGUAACCAAAUUAUACUUUAAAAAUUCAUGUUGCACGUGAGAUGAUAACUAUUAUAAUUAUUGUAUAAUGAUAAAUGAUAUAUAAUUAUAUUAAGUAUUUUGUACAAAUAUUUUUUGAUGAUUAUAAAAAUAAUUUUUCAUAAUGUAUUGAUGAAAUGAGUUAAUAAACCAACCCGCAGACUAUA